AUGCCUUCAAUUACCUCUGCUGCACCAGAGCCCCAUUUGCUCAAUCAAGUCAGUAUUUUAAUAAUUAUCUCUCCCUCGGAUACAGACUACCUUGACCAGCUUAUCCCUUCCAUUCGCGAAUUUAGUGUUGGAAAUCGCACACCACAGCUUCUGCAGACCCUAGCAAAGUUUGCAAGUGAUAAGGAGUCGGAAAUUGAAAGCAUUUGCAAUACAAACCACCAAGAAUUCGUCUCUUCAGUCAAUUCAUUGCUACGGAUUCGUGAGGGGACAGUUAGCUUGACGGCAGAGAUCCUCGACCUCAACCAGUCUAUCCAAACAAGUACUGAGCGCCUUGCAGACCAGAAAAAGGCAUUGGUGGAGUCCCGCGGGCAUCGGCAAAAUAUUGACGAAACAUCGCGCGCAAUCCAAGACUGUUUAGAAGUCCUUCGUCUCGCAAAUCAAGUCCAUGAUUUACUCGCUAAAAAGAACCACUACGCGGCGCUGCGUGCACUUGAAGAGUUACAAAAUGUGCACCUUCAGGGGGUGACACAAUACAAAAUCGCGGUCAUGAUUCAACGCUCCGUGCCAGCCACUCAACGUGCCAUAGCCGAGGCGGUGAUGUCAGACCUAAACACCUGGCUGUAUCGUAUCCGCGAAAUGUCCCAAUACCUCGGAGAGAUAGCACUCUUUCACACAGACCAACGAAAAUCAAGGCUCAAGGAACGGGCAGAGAAGAUCCCGUAUCUUGAACAUUUCAGUCUCAACUCCGCCAUUGAGUUAGUUGCUGAUGAGGACGAGGAAUACGAUUUAUUACAAAAUGAGGAUCUCCAAGUGGAAUUUACCCCUUUGUUUGAGUGUCUGCAUAUCCAUCAGUCCUUGGGCCAAAUAGACAAGUUCCGAAUUGAGUAUGCCACUACUCGUCGCCGACAAAAAGAUCUUUUGCUUCCAUCGUCAAUUACUCUGAUAGAUGAAGACGGAGCCAGUCUACACAAUCUACUAGAGGAGAUGGCUGGAUUUGCGAUUGUCGAAAGGGCUACGAUGAAAAGAAUCCCUGACCUGCGGUCGUCAGUUGAUAUUGAUGAGCUUUGGGACUCCAUGUGCCAAACUGCCGUUAGCGUCAUAUUCAAGGCCCUUCCUGAGGUGGACAACGCAGAGAGUGUCUUAAAAAUAAAGAACCUGAUCGCUUUGUUUAUGCAAACAAUGAAUACUUGGAACUUUCCAGUGCGCGUGUUUGAUGACUUCCUUUUAAAGGUUUUCGAGAAAUACUCAGAGCUUCUAAAGCGGCGGUUCAGUGACGAUUUUCAAGAGAUUGUAUCGACAGAUGACUACAUGCCUAUGCCCAUUCAGACCUUGGAUGAAUAUGAAAAAGUGCUCAAUGUGAGCUGGUAUAGUCCUGAUCAUCCAGACGAGGAACAAGUCUUCCCAUGCAUUCUGCCAUUCUCAAGAAUGUACCCCCUUUGCUGCAUCGAUAUUCGGAACUUCUUGAACCAGUUUUACUUUUUCGCUAAUGACGACUUCUCCCAUCCCGAUGUCAUUGAUAAUACAUUAAAAGAUGCGCUGGAUGAUCUUCUUUCCAAAAAAGUGUGCGAUACUCUGGUCGAGCGUCUUUCGUCGCAGUACCUAGGUCAAAUUGUUCAGAUUCUGAUCAACUUGGAGCACUUUGAGUUGGCCUGUCAUGAACUCGAACUGCUACUUGCGGCUGCGCGAUCACAAAAUUCUACUGGCACAUCGAUUACGUUGAGAGCCACUGAAAAAUUCCGAAGCAAUAAGAAAGCGGCCGAAAAGCGCAUCUUUGAAGUCGUCAACUCCAAAAUUGACGACCUCAUCGAGACAGCAGAGUACGAAUGGAUGUCGCCCACUCCUCCCACUGAACCAAGUAAUUACAUGCAGACAUUAACCCGCUUCCUAUCAAACAUUAUGAAUUCGACCUUGCUGGGAUUGCCGACUGAAAUCAAAGAGCUUAUCUACUUUGACGCUCUCAGUCAUGCUGCAAACAUGAUUUUGGCUCAACCGCUGGCACCAGAUGUCAAGACUAUCAAUCCUAAUGGAGUGGCGGCAUUGGCUAAGGAUGUCGAAUAUUUAGCUCAAUUUGUGGACAGUCUUAAUGUCCUCAUCCUGCGUGAAAACUUGGAUGAGCUUCAACAAACGGUGUUGCUCAUGCAGGCAGAUAAUGCCGACGAGUUUUACGACAUUUCCACUCGGAAUAAGAAAUACGGACGUGUUGAUGCAAUUCAUGGACCUGUUCUGCUUGAAAAACUCACUCGAACAGUUCAAGCACCGUCCAAGGGUGUAGACAGAUUUGCGAACCUGUCCUCACGAUUCAAGAAGACCUAA